AUGGAAUUCCGUGAUAUCGCUGCUACCAGUGGCUUUGCCACCCACAGCUUGCGACACCCCUUGGAGGGACUGUCCAGCUUCGGUCCGACCUUGAACGAAGCCACUUUCGGCCUCCUGGGGUCCUCAUUCAAGCCGGAGCGCGACAUUCCCAGGGAAACCAUCCUCCAGCUCGCCAAACACCAUCCGUCGCGUAUUUACCUCGCCGCGCGCACUGAAAGUAAAGCCCGUGAUGCCAUUAUCUCGAUCCAGUCGCAGCUCGCCUCCCCCGCCGAUAUCCGGUAUAUCUCGCUGGACCUCGCUUCCUUCAAGUCGAUCCGCGCGGCCGCAGACAAGUUCCAGUCGGAGAGUGACCGGCUAGACCUCCUGAUCCUCAAUGCAGGGACAAUGGGAAACCCUGCCACCAAGACGGAGGAUGGCUUUGAGGUGCAGUUGGGUACCAAUCACGUUGGUCACUUCCUGCUCAGCAAGCUGCUGCUGCCGACGCUGCAGAAGACCGUUGAGCAGAUUCGCGCGAGCGGCGCGACUCCCGAUGUCCGCGUCGUGAGUCUGUCGUCUGCGGCCCAUAUGAUCAGUCCGACAACCUUCGAGGAGCUGACCUCGACACCCUCGCUGCUGUCUGCCAGCACCUGGCAUCGCUACGGCGCGUCCAAGGCUGCGAACAUCUUCUUUGCGUCGGAACUCGCGCGCCGACACCCGGAGAUCCUCUCGGUUUCUGUGCAUCCGGGCGCCGUCAAGAGCGACCUGUAUACGCAUGCCAAGUCAUCCAGCUCGUUUAUGAAAUAUAGCCUGGAGCUCGUCUCCUCGAUAUUUUUCCGAAACACCUCGAGCGGGGCGUUGAAUACCCUCUUCGCUGCGACCACCCCGCGGGACCAACUGGUCAAUGGCGCCUACUACACCCCUGUUGGAUACCGCAGCGACGCCGGCCAAUACGUGAUAUCCGAAUUGCUCUCUGCCGGACACCAAAUCCUGAACCUGGAUCUCAUGCCGAUGUCCCACCCAGACGUGCACACGCUGAAGACCGACCUUGCUGACAGCGGGCAGGUCUUCAAUGCCCUCUCGGGCCAGUGGCAGCUGCACGAGCCCUUCCCGGAGGGACUGCCUCCUCGCCCGGACGCUGUAAUUCAUCUCGCCGGGUACGCGCGUAACAUGCUUGUCCCCGACAACGAGACCUUCCGCGCCAAUACGCAGGGUACGUAUAACAUCGUCGAGGCGGCGUGUAAGCUCGGCAUCCGCAAGGUUAUCCUCGCCAGCAGCGUGACGGUCUACGGCGUCUCGUUCGCCCAGGGCGAUGCGGAUUACCCUUACUUCCCGAUCGACGAAGACCAGGACGUCAAUCCCACCGAUACAUAUGCCAUUGCGAAACUGUGCAAUGAGCGCGUGGCGCGCGGCUUCGCGGCCCGCUUCGGGAUUGAUAUCUACAUCCUGCGUAUUGGGCGGGUGAUCGAGCCGGAGGAGUACAAUGAUGAUAUUUUCUACAGCUAUGUCCACGAGCCGGCGCUGUGGAAGGUGCAUGGAUGGUCGUAUAUUGAUGUGCGUGAUCUGGGCAGGAUGUGUGACGCUGCACUGCGGACGGAUGGGCUGGGGUUCCAGGUUUUCAAUGCGACGAAUGAUGCGAUGACGAAUUUCAAGCGCACGGAGGAGUUUCUCAAAGAGCACUAUCCGAAUACGCCGAUUGUGCGGGCGUUGGAGGAGUUUGAGGUGCCCUUGUCCAAUGCGAAGAUUAAGCGGCUGCUCGGGUUUCAGGAGAAACACCCGUGGAAGAAGUAUUUUACGUUGGCGGAGAAGAAGGCGAAAGCAUGA